GUCAGUUGAGCAUAAAAAUUCAUACGGUUCGGUCUGGCCAAAAUAACUUGAAAACUACUAAACUAAAAUAUUGUAAAUGCAUAAAAAUAUAUUUAACGAAUAAAUAUAUAAUAAGCACAAACAAACUAACGACGAAACUUAAUCGUAACGGAAAUUAUCGAUUUCAAAAAAUAAAAAAAUACUUCGGCAAAUAAUAUAUUAGUAUUAUUACAACAUUUGCAAGUGUAUUACAAAAUAUUAAAUAAACAAGAAAAAAAAACACAAGACAACAAAACGAAAGAAUUUUUGAAAUUAUCUCAAAAAUACAAAAGGAAGUGAUAAUGCGAUUAUAGCACAAUACAACUAUUUUGUUUUUGUUUUAAUAAAUAGAAAAAGAAUCCUUUUACAAACGCCAAAAAAGCAAGUGAAACAUUAAAAAGUGUUUAUUUAUCUUUAAUUCGUCUUAAACGUCAACAACAUCAAUAAUCAAAAUGAAUAGCAACGUUACAUCAGGGUUUGAUAUUGCUGCCGAAAUAGCAAGCAUUGCUAUAGAUGAAUUCAAAUCACACUAUGUGACCAAAAAUUUCACUGGAUUAAUCCAAAGAUAUUAUCAUUUGGUUGAAGAGGACUUUGGCGAUCCUCGAGCCAAACGUUUCCCUCUCAUGGAUAACCCGCUAUACACAUUCGGUUUAGUUGGUAUAUAUUUGUCGUGGGUUCUGGUGAUAGGACCUCUAUUUAUGCGUGAUCGUAAACCAUUCCAGCUAAGACGUACACUUGUCAUUUACAAUGCAUUCCAAGUGGCCAUCAGUGCGUACAUGUUUUAUGAACAUUUAGUGGCAGGUUGGCUAAGUUACAAUCUUAAGUGUCAGCCCGUGGACUACAGUGACGGUCCAAUGUCGAAAAGAAUGUUAAAUCUAUGCUACGUUUAUUAUUUAUCAAAAUUGACUGAAUUUGCUGAUACAAUAUUCUUCGUGUUGCGUAAAAAAUCGAAUCAAAUUACCUGGCUACAUGUCUACCAUCAUUCAGUGACUCCUUUGGAAACAUGGGUUUUAGUUAAAUUUAUUGCCGGUGGUAAUGCAACAUUCCCCAAUUUAUUGAAUAAUUUCGUACACGUUUGCAUGUACUUCUAUUAUAUGAUGUCUGCUAUGGGUCCGGAAUACGCCAAAUUCUUAUGGUGGAAGAAAUAUAUGACCGAAUUACAAAUUGCACAAUUUGUUCUUUGCAUCGUACACACUGUCCGCGCCUUAUUCAGUCAACAGUGCCAGUUUUCGAAAUUCAUUUCAGCUUUGUUGUUACUCAACUCUUCGAUAUUCUUCUGUUUGUUUAUGAAUUUCUACGUGCAGGCCUACAAAAAGGGCAAAGAUCAAAAGCCAACAUCAGCUACUACUACUACUACAAACACAUGUACCGCGGAAUUGCAACAGAAACAGAGGCAGAAGGCGUUAGAAAUAAACAACAACAGUCAAGAUGUGUUACCACUUUUAAGUGAAAAGAAGGUCAACUAAUGACAUUAAACAAUAAUCAAAUUAUCCUUUAGCCAGACCUGUUAACGGAAUUUUGCUAAAUAUAAAAUUGGAAUGGAUACAUGUACCUAUCUAUGUACAAUUGCAUCGUCCUUUUUUAUAUAGGCAGACAUACUUUAUACAUAUGUACAUACUUAUGUAUAUUAAACACACAUACAAAAACCAACCAAACUAUUAUUAAGGCGUACAUAUGUAUGUAUGUAUGUACAAACAUAACUAUAUAAUAACUACAGUUUUUAAUGAAAAUAGCCAUGAUGUUCUCACUUUAAAAAUGGUUAUAAAUUAAAGAAUAAG